AAUGCAAGUGACAGGCGAAAGCAAACCAGAUAUCAGUAGUUCGGUACAAACUAUUACCCUCCCCGUUACUUUAGCGAAUAUGUUUGCCAGUGGUAAUCAACUUUACAUGGCUGCGUCUACGGGCUUGAAGACAUCUCCAAAUGCAAGAAUCGUACGAGUAAGAGAAGAGGGGCAACAACAACCAGGGUCCCUUGAUACAAAAUUCAAGUUAGAAGAAUGCGUGGUCUGUGGAGAUAGAGCAUCGGGAAGACAUUACGGAGUUUUAUCUUGCGAAGGUUGCAAAGGAUUUUUCAAACGCUCUAUAAGAAAAAAAUUGGGCUACGCUUGCAGAGGAAGUAAGGAUUGUCCUAUCACAAAGCAUUAUAGAAACAGGUGUCAAUAUUGUCGUUUACAAAAAUGCAUCGCAUCAGGAAUGAGAUCGGAAUCCGUUCAACAAGAACGCAAGCCUAAUUACAAUAUUGAUGAGAAAAUGUCAAACAGUCAAUCAAUAGGAGAUAGACUAUUUUUGAAUAAGGAUCUGCCAAAUACGGUAGAAGGUAAGGCGGAAGGUCUCUUGUCCAAUUUGUCGGAACGAUUAGUUCAGACGGAAGAUGGUGGUGUUUUCCUUUUAAAUGACAUGCAGCAAGCUUCUAGUCAAACGACAAAUAGUGAUCAUAACAAUGCAGAUUUAAGCACUUUGGCAAAUGUCGUUACUUCAUUGGUAUCUAUGAACAAAAAUCGUAAACCGGACCAAACACGUGACUUGAACGUGGAAGAAGAGUGCCUAGAUGUAGACGGUGCCUUAAUGACUGACGCUAAUUACGACUUUUCGUUAGCUACACCGUCACCAAUGCCUUCUCACCUAAACGUUCAUUAUAUUUGCGAAACUGCGUCCAGACUUUUAUUCCUAACUUUACACUGGACCAAAAAGUUAUCUGCCUUUGAAAUGCUAGAUGAAGGAAUGCAAAUUGUAACUGUUAAAAAAUGUUGGAAAGAAAUAUUUGCUCUUGGUCUGGCCCAAUGUGCAGACGUUAUUAACCUUAAUUUGAUCCUCAGUGCCGUUAUCCAUCACAUAAAUAAUAAUUCCUCCAAGGAAAAAUCAGUUGCAGACAGGGCUAGCCUGGUUCUAGAAACUGUUGAACAGAUAAGGGAUAUCAUGGAGAAUUUAAAGCGAUUAGCUGUUACUGCUCCCGAAUACGCUCAUUUAAAAGCCUUAUGUAUCUUCAGCCCGGAUCACGCUCAUGGAACGGAAGCUAACAAACUACGCCAAAUGCAGAAAACGUUCCAGCACUCAUUGAGGGAGCUAUUGCAGUCAACCUAUUCUGAAAUAUGGAUAGAUAGACAGGCGAAUCUUCUUCUAGCCCUUCCUGCGUUGCGUCUUCUCUCCUCCUCAAUCAUUGAAGAACUGUUUUUUGCUGGAUUAAUAGGGAGUGUCUCGAUAGAUUCAAUAAUACCUUACAUUCUUAAAAUUGACUCGAGUGAAUAUCACACUCAAAUGGCUAAUUUCUUAACAUCAACUGGCUCCGGUCAAAAAAUUCAAUUGGUUAAAGUGGAGGAAGAUAAUUGUUCUGCAUGA